AUGUCUUCAGAGUUUCACGCCCCGGAAGCACUUCGGGCAGCUCUCUCAGCGCUCGGAAAUGCACUCGGCGACGAAAAAUACGCUCUUGUCGGUGGCAGUGCCUGUACAGCACUAGGCUCCGAACGAGCAACCCAAGAUAUUGACUUUGUUGUCCUUCGGGGCCAAACUCCUGCUGUGAGAAAUCUGCUGCGGAGUUCUCCGGACUUUGAGGUUGAAGCAAGGACAUAUCACACAUGGUAUAGGGCUGAAAAGCCUGUGGAGAUCGAGAUCCUCGCGCCUGCUGCUUUGUUCCGGGAAACAUUCGAUGAAACGACCGAAGUGAUCACACUUGGAAACUUAAAGGUUUUGAAGCCGGCAUUGCUUCUGAAUGCAAAAUGCGGGUCUAUCCCCAAUCGGGCCAGUGACGCUAAAAAGAGAACCGAUGCUCAAGAUAUUAUUUUCCUUCUUGGUUACUGCGCUGAAAAUUCCGACCACCUUCCAAAGGCUUCUGAGGUCCCAAACGCAAGCAAAGACUUAGUUAAAGCCUUCAUCCGAAAGUACGGCGGCGAGGAAUCUUGGAUUAGGGCUGGCUAUGACCUGCAGAUGGGCUGUUUCACAAGAAACUGA